UACAUGUUCCUUGUUUUUUUCUUUUUCCAAUUUCAGAAACUUAAUUCAAAUCACUUCAAACUUUCCACUUUUACUAUGAUAACAGUUUUUGUAGCUAACUAGCUACCUAGAAAUUGAUAUUGAAAUUGAAAUUGAAAUGGGAAUUUUAAGUACUAUAGCUGGUUUCUUGGGAUUUGGAAUUGGAACUUCUGUUGGAUUAUUGAUUGGUUAUUAUAUUUUUAUAUACUUUCAAUCAAUACAUGUUGAGGACCCUACAUUUAGUCCUUUGGUUGAACAAGAUUUGAAAACUGUGCAACAAUUGCUUCCAGAGAUACCUCUUUGGAUUAAAAAUCCAGAUUAUGAUCGUCUUGAUUGGCUUAAUAAAUUUGUUGAGUAUAUGUGGCCUUAUUUGAAUAAGGCAAUUUGCAAGACUGCAAGAACUAUUGCAAAGCCAAUUAUUGCUGAACAAAUUCCAAAGUAUAAAAUUGAUUCAGUUGAAUUUGAGGAACUUAACUUGGGUUCUUUACCACCAACUUUUCAAGGAAUGAAAGUGUAUAGUACUGAUGAAAAGGAAUUGAUUAUGGAACUAUCAAUGAAGUGGGCUGGGAAUCCUAACAUUAUAGUUGCAGUUAAAGCAUUUGGGCUGCGAGCCACGGUUCAGGUUGUUGAUUUGCAAGUAUUUGCUUCUCCGCGCAUAACACUGAGGCCUCUGGUUCCAAGUUUUCCUUGUUUCGCCAAUAUUUACGUGUCUCUCAUGGAGAAGCCACAUGUUGAUUUUGGACUAAAACUGCUCGGAGCUGAUGCGAUGUCUAUCCCUGGUCUUUACAGGAUUGUUCAGGAAAUUAUAAAAGAUCAAGUUGCAAAAAUGUAUUUGUGGCCUAAAGCAUUAGAGGUGCAAAUAAUGGAUCCAACAAAGGCAAUGAAAAAGCCAGUUGGAAUCCUUCAUGUAAAGGUUGUGAAAGCAUUGAAGCUUAGAAAGAAAGAUAUAAUGGGAGCAUCAGACCCUUAUGUGAAGCUUAAACUUGAAGAUGAUAAACUUGGUUCAAAGAAAACAACUGUGAAGUACAAGAACUUGAAUCCGGAAUGGAAUGAAGAAUUUAAGGUGGUGAUUAAAGAUCCAGAAUCUCAAGCCUUAAUGCUUACUGUUUUUGACUGGGAAAAGGUUGGGAAGCAUGAGAAGAUGGGAAUGAAUAGAAUUCCCUUGAAAGAUCUUACACCAAAUGAACCAAAUGAACUUACUUUAAAAUUACUCAAGACAAUUGAUCCUAAUGAUCCUGAAAACCUGAAGUCACGAGGAGAGCUCGUUGUGGAGGUUACUUACAAACCUUUUAAGGAAGAUGAGUUAGCUAAGAAUUCAGAAGACACAAAUGCAAUAGAAAAGGCUCCUGAAGGAACACCUGCUACUGGUGGUUUGCUUGUGAUUAUCAUCCAUGAAGCUGAAGAUCUUGAAGGAAAGCAUCAUACAAAUCCGUUUGCGCGACUCUUAUUUAAAGGAGAGGAAAGAAAAACUAAGCAUGUGAGGAAAAAUAGAGAUCCAAGAUGGGGUGAAACAUUUGAAUUUACUCUAGAUGAACCCCCCACAAAUGAGAGGAUUUAUGUUGAAGUGAUAAGUGCCUCCUCAAAGCUAGGUCUACUCCAUCCUAAGGAAACUCUAGGAUAUGUGGAUAUAAAUUUGUCUGAUGUUGUUAGCAACAAUAGAAUCAAUGAGAAGUAUAAUCUUAUUGAUUCUAAAAAUGGAAGGAUUCAAAUUGAGCUUCAGUGGAGAACUCCCUAAUGAAUGAUUGGCAUGUAGUAAUAGUAAGGUACCAUUGUGAUUACCAUUGUGAGUUUGUAAGGUAAGUAACAUUCAUGUUUGUAACAUUUUGUUACUCCUUUGUUCUCUUUUAGUUGUUGUUUUUUGUUUAGAAAAAAAGAUACAUUUUUUAUUUGCAUGUUGUACAUUAAUACAAUAAUAACUAUUAUUUUGUCAAUAAUGCAUUGACCUCUAUAGGUUCAAACACAUUUGGAAGAAUGGGGUAGUUUAGGCUAUAUCCCAAAAAAGAAAUUGAAUGCUUGAUCGCACUAUUACUUCU